AUAAGAAUAAUAAUCCAUUCAAAUAGAAGCUCGGCGGCUGCAAAUGCAACAGAACAAUGAAAUGCCUGUUGACAACAUGGCCGCGAGUAGACUGGAUAUCAACCGAAAACAUUCAUUGUCAACAGUCGAAAUUCCAGUUACUUACAACAACAAAAAUAACAGCAACAAGUUGGUCAAUGAAUGCCAGUCGAAAGAAUCAUUCGGAAUCCCAUUGGUAUGGUGGGCCACACAGACAAUUGGAUCUGAGCAAAAUCAACAAUUCAAAACAACACAAAUCACCAUCUCGCAUUCCAACCAACCAACCGACAGUACCACAAUGUCAAAUGGGACGCACAGCAGGCAGGAUGCCAAAUCAGUUGCUCAUUUCGCUUUUACUAGCGUUCCUGUUGAUGUUACAAGCUGAAGUUGUUGUGGGAGCGUUAGCCGUGGCGGAAGCAGCGACAACAGCAUCGACGUUAGCCACAUCUGUCAAUUUAAAAAGUAUUAUUCGCAUCGGCGAUGGCAAUAUCGUUACCAGAGAUGCCAUUGAGCAGUCCCUGGUAACUGUCCAUGACAUCGCCACCGAAAAUUUGGGUACACUUUGUAUAUCAACGCUAUAUCGCCCUUUACAAGUGCCAAUCAAUUCAGAGCGUUAUGAGAGCGCACGACAAAAAGCCGAUCUGGUGGCCUCAAUAUUGCAGGAGGUGGGAAUUGUGCGGCAUGGUGGACUCACCGAUGCACUGGCGAAGGGCUUACUCAGUGACGAAUCCACCACUGGUGCUAGGAUUUUAGCAUUAAAUCUAACAAACGGCGCUGUGCAGUCGUACGUAUGGUGGGUGAGAAAUAAUCACGAAAGGACUGGGGAACUGCAACGUUACGAGGAGGAUGGCUUGCAGAUUGGAAAGAAGCCGAUAGCAAGUUAUCCAUGGUUCGAGGAUGAGAACACAUCACCCACCUUACGUUCACCCAAAUUUGCACCAAGCCCACCAAAUAUGUAUUAUAAGGGCUGGUGGACAUUCCCCUACUUCUCUUGUACACUAAGUAAAUGGAUACUUUCAUACAGUAUCGCAAUACCACCGAGUGGACGACACGGUUUACGUGGCUUCAUCAGUAUUGACAUUGAUGUGACCGGUCUGCGUGUUAAUCAGUGUGAAGCGCCCAUUUAUCGUUUAAGUUAUCAACAAUUACAAACGCGACGACUACAUCUCACCGAUGCCCCGGCCGUUGAAACCAUUUCAGAUCUACAGGCGUUUCACGGUUCACACAAAUGUCACCGCGAUACCAUGAAGUGCGACUAUCGCCUUCCUCUUACGGAGACGCCGACAAUAACCACCAAUAAAAUACUCACCACACCAAAUAGUUGGUCACGUGGCGCAUACCAGUGCCUUUGUCGGCGCGGUUUUUAUUCGAUGCGACAUCCGGAUGGUUUCAAUGGUACUAUUAUGGAAAUCGCUUGGAAGGAGCAUCAAGAAAAUGUAAGCAAUUAUUAUGCGGAUGUCUUCACUUGUCUACCGUGUGCGCCCGGCUGUGAUUAUUGUACCGGCCCGGAACCUUGUUUGGCUAACUAUAAUUGGCCUUUUAGAAUAUCGCUUCUCGUUAUAUCAAUAGGCUGCGCCGUCGGCACAUUUGUGUUGGCCGGUUAUCUUUUCCAUCAUCGCAAAGUGAAAGUUUUCAAAGUGGCCAGUCCAAUAUUCUUAAUGAUAACAUUAAUUGGAUGUGCAAUUAUGUAUCUGGAAAUGGUGGCAAUUUUUCCAUAUUUAGACAUGACUUGGUGCAUCGUAACGAAGUGGACCCGGCAUAUGGGCUUCUGUAUUACUUAUACAUCUUUACUGAUGAAAACGUGGAGAGUCUCACUCACGUAUCGUGUUAAAUCAGCACAUAAAGUCAAACUCACCGAUCAGCAACUGUUGCAAUGGAUGGUGCCGAUUUUACUAGUGAUGCUAAUUUACUUGGGCACAUGGACCAUUUCAGCGACACCGUAUGCCGAAGUGAUAUUCGAUCAGAGCAGUUUGAAAUUCAAACAAUGUUCAUACAAUUGGUGGGACCAUAGUCUAGCCAUUGGCGAGGUCCUCUUCUUGGCAUGGGGCAUACGCGUUUGUUAUAACGUGCGCAACGCUGAAUCAUUAUACAAUGAAGCGCGUCUCAUUUCGUAUGCGAUUUAUAAUAUUGCCAUUGUGAAUAUAACUAUGGUGGCGUUCCAUCUCUUCAUAUUCCCCCGAGCAGGUCCGGAUAUCAAAUAUCUACUGGGUUUUGUACGUACGCAAUUUUCUACGACAACAACAAUUGCGCUUGUAUUUGGCCCUAAAAUUUCACGUGUACUGAAAGGACAUGGUGAUAAAUGGGAUCAGAAGGCGAAAGUACGCAGUAUAACUGCAUCAUUCUCAUUGAAUGGAGUUGGUCUGGUGCCAGAAGAGUCACCUGAUUUGUAUCAGGAAAAUGAAGAAUUGAAGGAACAAAUCCAGAAAUUGGCCCAUCAAAUAGAGUUCAUGAAGACUGUGCAUAUGCAAAUGAAUAAUCGGCAUUUAAAACCAAAACCUGGUGGCUAUUUCACGAUAACAUCGACUUCUUUGCAGGCGCCGUUCAGUAAAAAUACGAUGUCAUCCGCCCAAACACAAACCUCCAAAGGCGCCAAUGAGGACACACUUGGUGGCAACAAGACUUUGGGCUUCCCCACCCAUUUAACACCGUCAAAAGCUAGACAGCAGAAGGAGAAAGUUUGACGAGGUGAACGAAGUGUAAAAGAUUGCUCAACUGAAUUUAAUUUACAACAUUCAAUAAGUAAUCAUAGCGGUGAGAAUUCACCAAAAUCAACACCUACCACCACC